AUGACAUUGUCAGAUCCCCUGAAGUUUUAUCAGUAUACAGAUCCAGAUGUCAUAAAAUUUACUCACCAGAAUAACUCUGCUGCAUGGAAGGGUUUAUUGACUGUUGAUGAGUAUGUGGAAAGAGAAGCCAGACUAGGAGAAUCUGACAUCAGUGUCAAGCAUAAGCUCUCUGAAGUUGGAGAUAUCCCCUCAAAUGACCGCAAAUGGCUUGGAAUCAGAUAUUUUGCCUUGGAAGAUGAAAAUCUGCCCAUGAAUGGGAAAUGCUCGCAAAUUGUAUCCCAUUGUGAAACGCUAAACAGAAUUGGGUACUGUGUUCAUCCGGAAUCGAACGGAAAAAUUGAGCCUGUUUUAGUCGUGUGCGUAGGAGGUGUUUUUACCCCAGAGAUGCACAGGAAGAAAGGGUAUGGCAGCAAGAUGAUCAAACAUCUGAACAAGUUCUACGAUGACUUGUACGAUAGAGAACACGAAACGUCCCCCUUGAUUAAAAACAUGGUGAUGACUUUGUACAGCGAAGUAGGUGAGUAUUACACUCAGUUUGGGUAUAAAUCCAUGCACGUUCCUCUACACCACGUCACCAAUCUAGAUACCUUUUUCCAACAGUACUGCCAAGGUCAAUUGAACGAGGACGGGACGUACCUAUCGUUUGAUGACUAUGGAGAUCUGAUCAAACUUCAUGAUAAGCAGUUUGUGCAGAGUUUGCAAACCUUGAAGAAAGUGAACCCUGAUAAGUUCAUCUUCACUGUAAAGCCCGACCUUGACAUCUUUAAGUGGUUUCAAACUCGUGAUAGGUUCGUGAUGACCAAGACCGGUAAAGGUAAUGGGGAACCACCUUUCGGGUUUGUUCUCCAAGACGACAAGAGCCACAUCAUAUGGCACCACAACUGGAACGAGGAUACUUUGAUUAUUUGUAAGAUCUAUGUUUCUCCCGAGGCCGCCGGUAGUGAAGACCAAAUAAGACACUUGCUCGCCCAUGCGGUAAACGAGUGCAAGAAGCAACGGUUGUCGAAAUUGCAAUUCUGGGACGAAGAAAUACCCAUCAAGUCCUAUCCUGUCUUGAACGAAGUGUUGAACGAAAUUCAGCACAAAUCCGAACUCUCAACAGUGAACGGUUCAUUAAGCGGGGUGAGACCUCCACGCAACUUCACCGCAGAUGAUUUGAUAUGGGAUAAUAACACCAAAUUCUGCUGGUUCUAA